CCACGUGACACCAUCUCGAAAAGAGAGGGAAAACGUCUAGUGAGAUCGAAAAACAACAAUACCACCCCCCAUUCCCCCCAAACCGCUUCCCCUUCCCACGCACGAUCUCCUAACCAUGGAUGAUCAAGAAAAGUUUGACACAGGAGGGAAAGCAGGGCUCCAAAAGCCAGCUAACCCUGCUAACUUGAGACAGUCUAGCACGAAGCGAGAUAUGUACAACACGAACUCGAGCACGCCGCUCCAGCCGCACCAAUUGCCACGUCGUGGUACCAAAACUACAGCAAGAGGACAAACAGGCUCAGCCAACAGUAGCCCCUGGGGCGAAGCGGCAGCGACUAGUACCCCAGAAAUGCAACUACUCCGCGACAAAUUCGCUGAACACCCUUAUCCGAUUGCGCCAGUCUCCGAUCAACUGGAUGUUACCAGCAUCCCGAUGUCAUGGCCCAGCACCCCAGACAUGGAACGACACGCUGUACCAAUGGAAGACAGCACACACACCACAGAUCCUCAACACUCCUCAGAAGCCGAACACCAAGAACGGUCCGACUCGGAGAACGAAGAGAUGUGGAUGGAAGACCCGACCCCCGAGGAUGAGGAACACGACAGGAACUGGAAGCUUUUGGAAGAUGCGUCCACGAGUAUGAACGAGGUUACGGAGAGACUAUCACUUGUCGGCCUUGCAGGCCUGUGGGAACAACUCCUCCCGACAUACUCCCAUUGGUUCGCAGGACUGCCCAAAGCCACAUACAAAAGCCAUGGUGAGAAGAUGGUGGGAAAAGACCUAGAAAGCCGUCUGGCGGAGGCAGAAGCUAAUGUCUCCAACCUCGCUUCAACUAACGCUUACCUAUCCAAUCGCUUGAAAUCCUUAGAAUCCAAGGUGUCCACGGCCCAAACCCAACCUCUGCCAGAGAGGGACCCGGAUACCGUAGCGAAACCAAUGGUGGCCCCGACCGAGUCUUGGGCGAGCGUAGCAGCAAAGAAUCCACCGAAACCGCAACCCAGACAGGCAACAGCAAAGAAACAGACAGUGAAACCGCCAGACCAAGCCCACGAAACAGCCACACAGGGAACGGAACACAAACAGACGGCAGAC